AUGGUCCAUCCGAGACCGCCGCCUUUUACUUGCACUGUACACCUAGAAGACCUUAGAUCUUGUUUUGCUAAUCUACCCAAUUCCCUUGGGCAGGUUAUCCUACGUAGAAAUGCGCCAUUACAAAAUUCUGUAAUCGAACUUACCUGGACGGACAAAAAAACCGAGAGACAUGCUUAUGUCACUUGGUCUGGCAGUCCGAGUGGACUAAAAAGCGGGUUGAAUAAUGGUCGUUACGAUAAAGGGGAUGUUAUUGAACUUGAUGUCGCGUUUGCCAAAGCGAAUAAUAUAUCCCAUGGACAGUUGGUUACCUUAAAAGUGAUGAAAGAUAUAAAAGAGGCCGAGUAUGUAAACGUUGAACCAGCAGAUGAGAAUGAUUAUGAAAUUGUGGAUUCUCGUCAGUCGUUUAUUGAAAGUAAUUUAUUAAAGCAAUUGUUAGUAGUAUAUUCUGGAGAGAUUGUGCCAAUAAGAGUCAAUUCAAAUCUCGUUCACAUCAGUAUUGGUGAUCUGACUCCAUCCUCAAAAUAUGCCAAAAUCUCAUCUAAUACGCAAGUUAUCGUCAAACCGAUAUUACGUUCUUCAUAUACCUCCACGUCUUCAGCUAAUGGGUCACAUUUACCCAAUUCGGUUCGAAAUUAUGGUCUUCGUAUACUACCACAAGGAUUUCUCUCAAAUGACGACGGUCCAUACACAAUACAUGUGUCGACAACUGACUACCCGAACUUACCGCUAAUGCACAACAAUUUGGCACAAAUAUCAAAAGUACCUCAACCACAAUAUAAUGCAAGGCAAGAUCAUGAAGAAAAGAACGACGGUGAAGCCGGGACUGUAGGAAUUGGGAGUCUAUGUGUAGUAGUGAAAGGAAACGCAAAGGUGCCAACCGGUCAUGUAUACGUAACUGAUGUCAUCAGAGAAAAUAUUGAUUUAGAAACAUUUGGAAUAUUAAG